GCAAACAAAUGGAAUGUGACAGAAUUUGAUCUCCAAUUGGAGUUACAGCAAUGAUCUAGAGAGUUGGGUUAUGGAGACUGGAGAAAGUUUCAGCAAAAUUCCACCUUGGGCUUUGGAGUGCAGAUUACUUGUAAUAGCACAAAAGGGUGCAGGGAAGUUAACAAUGGAACCAGAGAGCAAAACACCAAACCCACCAAAUCAAAGUAUGUCCACACUUGCAAGUGGAGGACACACCCCACACAGGAGGCAAGCCACCAGUACAACAAGCUGCUCUCUUUCCUUUCCCUUCCCCAUGUAUUUUCUUGGUGUCCAAGUGGGCCAAAUGGGAGUAACAUUUGUUACUUCUCUUUGCUACUGGUACAGUUGAAGAAGACAUGGGGAUGGGAUUGGGUGGAUCUGUAGUUUUGUGUGGUGUCCUCCUUCCUUGUUUGAUCUUGUUCUUGAUCCCUCUUCUUGUCUGGUAAUUUCCUGGUUUAAGGGAAAAAGACGGCCUUGAUGGUUUCCCUUCCUGCUGCUUCUUCCUCCUCCUCCUCCUUAUCCUUCUCUGGGUGCAUGUGAUCUGGACUUGGUUUGGAACCAGGAAAGCUUCCUUCUUUUGGCCAAGCUACCUCCUUUUCGUGACCUAGAGUCCCGGAUUUGCUGUGAAGCUCCAAGUUUGCUCGCCGCUCCGUCAGAUGACUCGCGGGUCUGCUCCAAGUCCAUGAGGAAGGAGAUGGUUGUCACACCUUACCAGUCCUCCGGGCCUCACUGGCUUCUUACCCAGGUCAAGAACAGGGGUGGAGCUUCUUCAUCUCACCAUUCCUCUCAUCUUGGUGCCUUGAGCCGGGACUCCAUCCCGUUCCAGCCAUCUCCAACAACAACAGCUGCAGCAGCAGCAGCAUCCUCCCCAACCAGCAGGAUAAGCCCCGCAGUCCUCUUCACCAUUGUCAUCCUUGCGGCCCUCUUCUUCAUCUCUGGCCUCCUCCACCUCUUGGUCAGGUUUCUCCUCAGGAAGCGGCCGCCGUCCUCCUCCAUCUCCUCCUCCCCCCACUCCAACGCCCACGCCCGCCGCCGCCGCAACGCCGACCUCCCGGGCCCCGGCACGCUCCAGCGCCAGCUCCAGCAGCUGUUCCACCUCCACGACUCGGGCCUCGACCAGGCCUUCAUCGACGCGCUGCCGCUCUUCCUCUACAAGGAGAUCCUUGGCUCCAAAGAGCCGUUCGACUGCGCCGUCUGCCUAUGUGAAUUCGCCCCCGACGACAAGCUCCGGCUGCUGCCCGUCUGCGGCCAUGCUUUUCACCUCGGCUGCAUCGACACAUGGCUGCUCUCCAACUCCACCUGCCCGCUCUGCCGGGGAGCCAUAUUCGUGCAGGGGCUGGCCAUCGAGAAUCCCAUGUAUGGGUUCGACGAUUACAGGGAGGAGGAUGAGGAGGGAUUCUCCGGGGACCAGGAAGCGGAAGCCGAUGAGCGAAUGUUCUCUGUCAAGCUUGGGAAGUUCAAGAAGCUGAGCACUGGAGCCAGUGACGGUGCUGUCGACGAUGGCAGCAGCAUGGGCGAGAGUAAAGUAAGCAGAGAGAUAGGGGAGACUAGCAGUAGCAACUUGGAUGCCAGGAGGUGCUUCUCCAUGGGCUCUUAUCAGUAUGUGGUGUCUGAUGCCAGUCUCCAGGUGGCUUUUACAGGUUCCACCAUGAACGGCGAUGGCAGGGGAAGAAGGGUCAAUGCUAUGAGCAGAGAUGAGAGCUUUUCUGUGUCCAAGAUCUGGCAGUGGUCUGAUAAGAAGGGGAAGUUCCCAGUGUGUUCAGAUUCUGCUCCUUUGGAUGGGCACUUGCCAUGGAUCAGGCCAAGCUUGGAGGAUGCAUGAACCAUGGCUGUAAUGUGAUAAAUCCUGUCCUCCUUUAAUGAUGGCUUCUCAGAACUCCAUCUUUCUUUUGCUUCUCUUCCAUUUCAUCUACUUCAACUCUUUUAUAUUCUUUUAACAUGCAGUGAAGAGGUAUAUGAUGCUAACCUUAUGUUGUAGUGAUGCAGAUAUCUUGUGUUAUUCAAGCUUAAA